AUGUCACGACAAAUCAAGAAUGUCGUUCUCGCAGGGGCUACGGGAGCCCUUGGAUCGCAUAUUCUUACAGGAUUAGUGAGUCAUGGCGGCUUCAAUCUCACUAUCCUGACUCGCAACGCUGCUGGUACUUUACCAGUAGGAGCCACUGCCAAAGUAGUAGAUUUUAGCUCUGUUACUGCACUGGCUGCUGCACUUCAGGGGCAAGACGCUGUCGUCGACGCUAUUUCAAGUCCAGAUCCUAGCGUGUCCAUGCGACUGAUUGAUGCUGCGGUUACUGCGGGUGUCUAUCGCUACAUCGCUCCUGAGUUCAGUGGUGAUCCCAAGAACGACAAGGGACGGGCGCUUCCCGUCUUUGGAGGCAAGAAACAGAUAUACGAGCAUCUACAGAAGGUCGCAAGUGAAGAUAGGAUUACAUGGACCGCUAUUUCAAAUGGUGCAUUCCUGGACUGGUGCCUGCGAACGGGCUUUGUGAACAUCGACUUAUUCAACAAGAAGGUUGCACUUAUGAACGAUGGCAGCCAUGUCUUCCCUUGGACCACCCUCCCAGCAGUUGGCACAGCAGUUUGCAAUGCCCUUACCCAGGCCGAGAAAACAAAAAAUCAGACGUUAUUCAUCUACAGCGUUCAAAAAAGCCAAAAGGACAUCCUGGCCAUUGCGAAGGAUGCCCUUGGCGCUGAAAACUGGGAGACACAGAGCCAGGAUAUGGAGGCUGCUUUAGAAGAGGCUAUGAUUGCAGUCAAGUCCGGAGACUACAGUUGGAAAGUCAUGGGAGACUUGAUCCGCUACUCAAUCUCAACUCCAGGGUAUAGUGGGCGCCUAGAACAGGACAACAAUGACCUUCUAGGCGUCCGACCUAUGAGCGAUGAACAGGUGAAGACAUUGAUCCAGCAAAUUUUCGAUGAGCUGAAGACUGCUAAGAAGUAA